AGAACCAACACUUUCAAAACCCUUCCUCUUUUUCUUCAAAGCCGUUCGCUCCUUUCUCUCCUUAAAUUCCCUAAACCCUAGUUUUCGUCUUCUGGGUUCGAGGCGCACAUAACUAUAUAUUAAUAGUCGGUGGGGUGGGUCUUUUUUGAUUCCAAAGUACCGUAGUUCUUGAGAUGGUUAACAUUGAUCGCGGGUCUCGAGUAGAGGGAACUACGCAGAUAGUCUCAGCAAGAGUGCGCAAGACCAUCCAGUCCAUCAAGGAAAUCGUGGGCAAUCACUCUGAUGCUGAUAUUUACGUUGCCCUAAAAGAGACAAACAUGGAUCCUAAUGAAACUGCCCAGAAGUUGCUUAAUCAAGAUCCUUUUCAUCCGGUGAAGAGAAAAAGAGACAAGAAGAAAGAGAGCAUGGCAUACAAUGUUUCUACAGAUCAAAGAAAACAUAAUGAGAAUGUUGUUGGCCAAGGGAUGAAAUCUCAUUCGUUCUCAGAUCGUAUUGCUCGUAGGGGAGGUUAUGCUCGAAGAACUCUUCCUGGAAUCAACAGAGAAUUUUGGGUAGUAAGAGAUAAACGUGUUAAUCGGAAUACAAGUAGAGAUAUAAAGCCCGCGUCACCCAAGGAUCAAAUAUCUGCCAAUGAGCAGUUUGUAGUCAAUGACUUUAAAAUGAGCACAAGCGGUUUAAAGUCCUCUGGUGGCAAAAAUUCAUCUGAAGCUUCAGAUGGGUCGAAUGGUCCACAACCUAGGCAUGCCCAACAUGCUAAUUCAAAUGUGUCCGAUGGGAAACUAUUGAUGGAAAAGCAGGCUGUUGUCAAAAUUCCUGUUUCUCGGUCUUCUCAAGUGAUGAAACUCAGUAAUUCGAAACAACAUUCAGCUACACUGGCAUCAACAGAUCCUGUUCAUGUUCCAUCUCAAGAUUCCAGAGCAGCUGCUGCUGUAGGUGCUAUUAAGCGUGAAAUUGGGGUGGUAGGUGGUCGGCGGCAGUCUAAUGGUUCUGUCAAAGAUGUGUCCGCACCAAGUAGUUCAUUUACAAAUUCAUUGUCAGUUCGAGAGAAUUCUUCUGAAACACUACAACCUUUCCAUGCAAUUUCUAAAAGUGGCCAACUUAGUCAAAGUUCUGUAGGUGAAACUGUUAUGCCCAGCAUUCCCAUGAGUAGAUCAUUCUCUAACAAUCAGUAUGGUGGCAGGCCCCAUCAGCAAGUUGUUGGUCAUCAAAAAGUUCCUCAGGCCAAUAAGGAGUGGAGACCAAAAUCUAGCCAGAAAUCUGCUGCUACAAGCCCUGGGGUUAUUGGAACUCCUACAAAAUCUACUCCUGAUAAGUCAAAGGGCUUUGAAUCGAAAGUGGCUGAGUUGCAGGACAGUUUUUCACGGGCACAUGUCUUUGAAAAUCAUAAUGUAAUUAUUGCACAGCAUAUCCGAGUUCCUGAGACUGAUCGCUGCCAGGUUACCUUUGGCAGCUUUGGGGUGGACAUGGAUUCAUCCAGGAAUUUUGAAUCUGGAUUUCAGACAGAUGGAGUUACAGAAGAAUCUCACAGAGACUCUGCUGUUAGCUUGUCGGCAUCUUCUCAAGAUGCUUCUGAUGAUGAUGCUUCUGGCAACAAGCAGGAAGAGUUGCUUGAUGAUCAAGCUAGAAACUCUGUAUCCGACUCCCCAUCAUUAGAUGGAGCAUCUGAGACUCUAUUAUUGGAUAAGAACGAGUCAUCAAGUCCUCAGAAUUUGGACAACUAUGCAGAUAUUAGGCUGGUCAGGGAGAACAGUCGUGCCUAUACUCCAGAUUCUAGACAGCAACAAGAUACUCCUGAACUUCCAACCUUUUCGGCAUAUGAUCCCCAGACUGGUUAUGAUAUACCAUACUUCAGGCCCACAUUGGAUGACACCAUACGAGGACAGGGCCUACCAUCUCCUCAGGAGGUUUUAAACUCACACAUGAUGAAUAGCAUACCUGCGUCAACAAUAGCCAUGGUUCAGCAGCAGCAACAACCACCAAUGGCCCAGAUGUGCCCUCAAGUUCACGUUCCCCAUUUCACCAAUCUUAUGCCUUAUCGCCAAUUCAUCUCUCCAGUUUUUGUCCCUCAAAUGGCUGUGCCUGGCUACUCUAAUAAUCCUGGGUAUCCUCACCCAUCAAAUGGCAGCAGUUAUUUGCUAAUGCCUGGAGGUAGUACCCACCUUGGUGCCAAUGGCCUCAAGUAUGGACUUCAACAAUUCAAGCCAGUUCCUGGAGGCAGUCCCACAGGGUUUGGAAAUUUCUCUAACCCGACAGGGUACGCAGUUAAUGGGCCUGGUGGUGUUGGGAGUGCAACUGGACUUGAAGAUUCAUCUCGAAUCAAGUAUAAAGAGAGCAAUCUGUAUGUUCCUAAUCCUCAGGCUGAGACAUCUGAACUAUGGGUGCAGAAUCCAAGGGAGCUUCCAGGCUUGCAGUCUGCUCCAUACUAUAACGUGCCUGGGCAAACACCACAUGCAACUUAUAUGCCAUCUCAUACAGGUCAUGCUUCAUACAAUGCAGCUGCAGCACAAUUUUCUCACAUGCAGUUUCCAGGCUUAUAUCAUCCCUCUCCACAACCUGCUGCAAUGGCCAAUCCACACCACUUGGGCCCUGCUAUGGGAGGUAAUGUUGGAGUUGGGGUUGCUCCUGGGGCUCAAGUUGGUGCUUAUCAGCAACCCCAACUUGGUCACCUCAACUGGACAUCGAACUUCUAAAUUUGAAUGUCAACUUUAUAACCCCCUUUGCUUGUAAGGAACCCAGGAGAUAUAAAUAGGUCAUGUCUUCUUUGUAAGACAAGUUACUUAUAAUAUAUCAUUUCAAAUAAUCAAUGCAAUGUGUCAGUUAAUUUCAA